AAAACAAUGCUGUCUUCAGUAUUUUAUCAUAGAUUUAAAAGGUGAAGGACAAUGUAUUUCUUGACUAUUGAUGAGAACUGGUGUACCUGCGCUUAGUGAGUGAGUUCGAGCACCGUCUGAUUUACAUAGGAGGAGUUAGCUGCCACCGUGAUGGCUGUAAAAAAGCACGAGCUCGUACACGAUAAUCGUAACCACCUGGACCUGGAGGUGCUCGCGCAGUACAUCCGGCUCAUGAACGAGCAGCCCACUUACCUACCACCAGCUCACGAGCUCGUUAAAAACUGUCAAGACAUCGUGAGGUGUCUUUCCCGCGCAGCUGGGAACGAAGAACAACUAUGGAAUCUACUGCAAUCCGUUGAAGAGUUUCUCUUGCGCGUUGUGAAUGCAGUGCACCGCGACGUUCGACACGAGAUCGUCACAGCGAUCCUUGACAAAUUUUAUUCCCUAAUAUCUGAUCCACAAUCCGAUGCUUGCCCUGCCACAUCAGUGGUCCUAAUAGUUCUUGAUGGAUCGGAUCCCGAGGCCACCCUGGCGGCGGCUCGGUGGCUGGUACAGCAGGGGGAGAAUGGACCAGCUGGCGCAGGUCUACGCGCUUCGCUCUCAUGUCUCUAUCGUUGGAUGUAUGAGUGGCAUGGUACUCCUGCUCUUGGUGACUGGGUCACUGCUUUCAUCAAAGCCCUGGAGGAAAACGAGAGCUUUGACAUAUUAUUGGAAGUGUCUGUGGACAAUUUGGGACACUUAUUUCUUGCCUUAGAUCGCCCAGUGGAUCUACGUCAGUCUGUCACUGAUGUCAUAUUUCACGUCCUGGCGUCGUUGCGUGAGUCCACCGAAGCCCUCGACAGGAUUGCACCACAUGUUGGUCGUGUUCUGAUGAACUUGGCCGCAGACAGUGGUCAGUGGAGCCGUCAACUUCUACAGAACGUAGUUGAUAUCCUCACUACGAUGGUCGACGGCCUCGUAGAGUCGUUUAAAGGCGAAGCUCAGGAAAUGUUUAAAGACAAAUAUUCGGAUGUGAUUCUAUGGCUGGAACGGCACAUGGCGUCACGCGAAAGUCGGUUCCUGCAGUUGAGCCCGUGGCGCGCGCGCAAUGUGUGCUUACCGACAGUGGCGACGCAUGCGCCCAUGCGCAAAGUUGGCCUGCUCAACCUCGGUAACACGUGCUACAUGAACAGCGUCAUGCAAGCUCUGCUCGUCACCAGGCAGUUCAGCACACACGUAGUUCUAAAAAUGAACUCGGUACCUUACUGGAGCAAGAUGGGUGUACUUUUUGCAAAAAUGAUGCACUCCAUCUGCACCAAAUUGAAUCCUGACGAAUUCUUCGCUGUCGUGAAACCGCCUUUCUUCACAAGAGAUCACCAACAUGACAGUUCGGAAUUUUUAGGGUAUUUGUUUGAGCUUCUGCAGUCAUAUGAGCACAUGUCGGAUCGCAAUUUUGACUACUCGCGGCCUGCGAUCCUCUCCGGUGUGAACCGCACGCGCGUUGCUCAGCCUCAGCUAGGACAAGCUUCGCCCUCUAAUACUACUAGUGACACUGAACAUGACCCCAGUUGUAACCGUCGUUCAGUGUCUCCGAGGCCGGGCAGCAGCACUGCUGGUUCUAGUUCAGGGCCAGUGAAGCGCCACAGUGAUCUACCGGACUCGCAUAUUCCUCUUAAGAAGCGUUUACGUAUGCAUGAUGCGGCGUUCCUACGGCGCGACUCUUUUGUCGACGGCAUGUUCGGCGGCGUACUGCUAACACGUGUAGAAUGCACUGUGUGCCAAUCAUCUUCAUUGUCCCGUGACGUAUUUAGAGAUCUCCAGCUCGCCUUUCCCGAGAAGCCGGAAGGCUGGCAGCAUAGUGUACAGAGUCUCUUAGAAUACUAUUGCUCGAAGGAAAGCCUUUCCGGUGAUAACCAAUAUGAAUGUCGCGAUUGUGGAGGCUUGCGCGAUGCGGAGAGGAGCGUGCUCAUCGAAACUACACCUAAAUUUUUAAUUCUGGUGUUGAAGAAUUUUAAGUUCGAGCCGAAACUACAAGUGCAGACUAAGCUGAUGCACACUAUGUACCACAACACAACGGUGACGCUGCCGACUGUGCGGUCGCAGGCGGACCAUUCGAAUUAUUCACUGUACGCGGCCGUAAUCCACGCUGGCACCACGCUUGAUGAGGGUCACUAUUACACGCUGGCAAAAGACAACGACGGCUGGCACAUGUAUAAUGAUGACAUCGUCUCUGCCGCCGACGAGUCGCAAUUGAACGAUCUCAAUCGCGCCAGUACACCUUACAUUCUGUUCUAUAGACGAACUGAUGUUGAGGAGGGCACAGCCCCUUCUCUCGACGAAUUGCCACCAAAGCUUCAUGAGCUCGUUACUGCCCACAAUAAGCACUACGUCGAUACCGUUCGAAAGAAGCGUUUAAGUCGUCCAUGACAAUUAAGAUCAGAUGAUAUCUAUGAUUAUUCGGUAUUGGACUACGUGGAUCCGGAAAUAUGAUAUUGAAUUUGGUUUUCUGAGAUUUUGAGAUAUCAAGAUGGAUCUCAUGUUACAUUCUCUAUAUGAUAUAUACACACAUAUUCGUUAAAUUAUACUCUUCGGCAAAAUACAGGAAUGCCAUGUAGUUGACAACAUCUUACUUUAUUGCGCAUUCUUGACCAUGUCCCAGUUUGGUGAGAGAGUUUUUGCUGAAUUUCGUUUGUAAGAAAGUAGAAAAUACAUUUUGAUAACUGGCAACCCUCAACUUCUCCUACUUCUGUUUUGCGAUUUGUCGCUGGAUCUUUUCAAUUACGCUGCUCAUACCUUCACCAGUGUGAGUAAGCGAUGACCGAUCAAGUGCCGAUAUUACGAUACAACUGGCACUACUGGCGAAUGUCACUAACGACGGCGAUGCAGAGAUCGAUAAAGACAGGCGCAGAACUCUGUCUUGUGGUCAAGAUCUCCAAGUUAUGACACCAGGAGCAGUUACCAAGAUACGUUACGGAGGGCAGAAGUAGAAGAAAUUAAGAGUUGCCAGUUGUUGAAAUGUGUUUUCUACUUGAAAUUCAGCAACAGCUCUCACCAAACCCGGACAAGUCACGGAGCACAAUGGCUGUUUUAUUGGUAGGUAAACCAUUUAAUUUUAUUUCAAAAUCAAAACAUUGCUUGCAAACAAUGCUUGCCUAUUUACUUCUGCGCUUUCAUUUCAAAAUUUGAGUGCCAAUUUUCAUAGUUUCGUACCUAGUCACAGGCAUACUCGUAGUUAAGAUUCUAUACAAGUGGACUGUAUUUUUCGGUGACCGGAGAAAAUGUAAAAUAGUAAUAAUGUUUUUGGUCACGGAUAACCAUAUAAGCCCACUUACCUUCAUUCUCGUAUUCGGCUCCUUGUUGUAUGAGAUGGUGGAUGACAUCACAGCCGUCACCUGCAUUUAUAAAUCUUCUAGAUCGACGGUGCUCUUGAUCUGGAUCGGUGGACUGCAUUUGUUCAGGUUCUUGCUCUUCUCGGGAUCAGGAUCGGAAAUAAAACGCUUGUUCAACUGACUGACUACCACGUUUAUUAAUCGUUCGUCUUACGAACGUCUUCGUCUUCGUUCUGAUAUCGGCGACUCGCACGCUGCCGUUUGUCCCAGGGUACGUGCCUUCUACCCUUCCCAUUGGUCAUACGUGUCUCGGUGGUGUAUUGUCGACAAUAACCAGUAUGUCGCCGACCUGUAAGUUCUGACUUGCCGUCUUUUGUGUCUGGUACCAGACUCGGCAGGUAACUCCGUACUCAGCGUCUCCAGAAUUGGUCGGUUUCGUCGCUUGGUCUUGUUCUCGGUAGGACCGUCGAAGAUCCCAGCAAUAAAUAGUUCACUGUGGUGACCUCGGGGUCAUGAGGGUCCACACGCACGUGUGUUAGGGGCUGAGCGUUGAUCGAGUACUCGGCUUCGGUCAAAAGGGUUCUUAGCACUUCCUCCGAUCUUGCAUAGCAAGUAGUGGAAUUAGAUAGACGUAGACUUUCGCUACACUGUACCGUAGAGAUUGUAAUGCUUCUAAAUCUGGCGGAGGGGGGGUUUUGAUCGCUGUAUCUCGAGACAUCCCUUCUAUGAACUGGGAAAGUGAUUGUGAAGAUGUGUGGGUGAAUAUCACAGUAACAAUUGAUGGAAAUCGUUAAAAUAUUGCAAUUUGUGUUGUUUAUGUGUGUACACUUCCCAAACACUUCCCGAACAGUGUAGAUGGGGCUCUGAACAACAUUGAAAAUGUAGUUAUUAUGGGAGACUUUAAUUUGAAUUUUAUCAAAUGGCAUCUUAAAGAUGAUGUCUCUUACAUGAUACUUAUGGUAAUUAGAAGGUAUGUUACACAGUACAGUUGACAGAUUUUUUCGUUUUAAAUUAUUUAUAUCAAGCAAAUUGUAUUAAAAAUUUGACCGGUAAUAUGCUAGAUUUAAUAAUUCGUAGUUUUUAUAAUGCAUGUUUCGCUGCCUAUUGAUUUAUUAUCCAGAUUGGACCCGCAUCAUCCACAAAUUUUGUUUUACAACACCGUUCAACUGAUCUCGGUUCCAUCCUUAAUCUUCCCAUGGCUAAUCACCGCGACUUUAACUAACAAACUAUACUAUUUAAUGGGCUUGUUCAGAGUCAUUUGAAAUUCGCCAGUGUAGUGUGGAACCCAGUCUACUGUGCUCCCUCACAAGACUUGAAAGUGUUCAACGUGCGUUCAUAAAACAAUUAGCUUUUUCUCAUCUGGUAUAUUACGUAGACAUCCAUUUGUUUAAAGAUAACAAUACUUCAAAAUUGGAGAUUGCUGAAUAUUAUCUGACCUUCUAUUUUUACAUAAAAUACCUUAUAAAUUACACCCGUCAUAAAAUGACCAAAACAUUUAAUGUACCACGAUGCCGGACUAAGCUAGUUCUGCACAGUCCACUACCUAGGUUAUCCUCUACUCCAACCAAAUUUUUCAUUCUUCCAGUAAUUAUUUAAAAAAUAACAUUCUCGAAUAAUGUCCCCGGUAAUUUCAUAAGUUCUUUGUUGUUAUUUUUGUUGCUUAUUAUUAUUUUAUUACAAUAAAUGCUGCCUACGUCUGUAAUAGGUAGGCAUAAAUACAAUAAUGAUGUAAAGUUACACUGUUAUCUAAAAGUAUAUGUACUAUUGUUCAUGUACCUUAUCUACAAAAUAAAAUAAAUAAAAUGGUGCUUUCUCUCGCAGCGCUGUCUUGACAGAGCGCACCAUGCGUUCCCAUGCGCCUACUUGGUUUGGGGCAUAAUCAACAGUCUAUCGUAGUCCUCUCCGGUCCUCAGCUCGUUGCAUCCAUCUGCUGCCAGCUGCCCUUCGCAAAUCGCCACUCCAUCUGGCUAGAGGGCGUCCUACACUACGUCUGUCGAGCCGUGGUCAGAACUCGCUUCCCCCAUCGGUUAUCGGUUCUAGCCUGGACAGGCCAGUCCAUUGCCAGUUCAGCUUGCUUAUUUUACCAGCUAUGUCGACGACCUUAGUUUUCUGUCGGAUAACCUCGUUCCGUACCUUGUCCUUCGAAGAAACUCCGACAAUAGCUCGUUCCAUAGCUCGCUGAGCAACUUUCUAUUGGUACCGAUUGCUGAUUUUAUUUGUACCGCCGACGCUGCUGCUCCUCGGUGGUAAGUACAUUUAACUGUGCUGCCGCCAUCGACCGGUCGCCAAAGGGCCCUCGUUAGUUACUGCAGGAUAUACCGCGUGCAGGUGAGGUUGACAGUAGGAGGUAAGAUUAUGAUUGCUCCCUUACAUUGGUUCGGAACGCCUGGUGCUAUGUUGCACCAUUCCAUGCGACGGGUCAGUCCUUCGUCUCUUAGGGCCGGUGCCCAAUCCGUAUGCGGCAUUCAACUCUUGGUCGGCGCCGCGGAAGAUGAUGGUGUUGUCUGAGUACAUCACUCGCGGCCACUCGCGGCGUGCUGCUAUUCGUCGCAACGCCAUUAGAACCAUGUCCGUAGAGAGAGAGGCAGGUAAAUAAAUUGACUGGUAGAGAAUGCUUUUAGCAUUAAGUCCGCCUUUUGUACCCUUUGUAUUGUGAUCAAUAAAGUUUAAUAAAUAAAUAAACAAAUAGUGCGCCCUACCUUAUCUCUCUCCGGUGUUCCAGUGUAACGGUUACAGGCCCGAAGUAAUCCACCUCGCAGUUCGUGAAGGGGUGGUGGAAUGGAUCGGGCGCGCGGCAGAUGUCCUGUGGCUGAUGUUCUGGACCUUGAUUUUGUGACCCGGCAGAGGGCGCAGUAAUACUCGACGGCGCGUAUGGUGGGUUGUAGUUAUAUGAUUAUUUAUUUGUUAUUCUGUUGCUGUGCUGCUGAGCUGUGUUCUCGCAACGAGAAGUCGCGUGAUGGGGUGAGACCGUCUAAGAUUAUAGGUUGGUUUGUUUGGGAGGGCGCACUUGAGGCUCCAAUGCGUCUUCGUACUAGCAAGAAUCUCGUCUUCGAUCACAGGGUCCAGUUUUGUAGAGACGUCUCGUUCUAAAAAUUGGGCGUGCUGCUUUGAUCCUCAUCAAUUCUUCUCCAAAGUUGACAUCCUUUGCUCGUCGCAUGAGUUCUAUAUGCUCCAGCUCCAGGCGUGUCGCUCGAUUUUAGGUAGAUGUCCGUGAAUAUCAGUACAUUCGGGGUUGCUCUCACCAGCGUCUCUAAUUUCGUCGGGUCGGGUCUCGCAUCCAGUCAAGGUGGCUAUCGUCCUGCUGGUUCAGGCGCAGGACUUCCUCUUCAUCGUCUUCAUGAUGCUAUUGUUUAGUGGGCCACCGGUCUUCUGGUUCGCGUAGGCGUUCCGUGUACCACUCAGCCCAGCUGAGAUCGGGAUGCAGCUGGUUAGUUGCGUCCGCCAACUCGUACUUCGCGAGUUACGAUCCGCUCGCAGUUGUCGCUGACGAUCAGGAGAGCGGGCGUGACGGAUCGUAGCGCACGUCUUCCCGUAUGUCCCGUAAAUGCUUUGCAUCCAGCAGCGAGCUCGGUAUUGACUGCUGGUACAACUUCAGGAAUCUGGAUUGGUAGACUAUUUGUUCUGGUUCUUGCUCUUCUCGGAAUCAGGAUCGGAAACAAAACACUUACUCAACUGACUGACUACUACGUUUAUUGAUCGUUCGGGUCCUACUUAUAUACUAAUUAUAGCCUCUUCAACUAGUACCGAUGUUAGAGAGUAGGCGGGUCAUCGCGGUGUGCGGGGUGCGGGAGACGGUGACGCGCUCAGUGCGGGGUGCAGAGUUCGGAGCGCUCUUCGUUCACCGCUAGUCCUUUACUGUUAUUAUCAGUAAUAAACAGACAAUAAAAAUACACAAAUAGUCAAGAACAAAAAUGACAAUGCUAGGAAUUUCCUUCGUCGCGGACGUGCACGUAGAAACAAGCACCCAGUCAAAAAUGUAGUCGAGACAGUUCUGGCGACUUGCUUCUCGAACGAGUAUUAGAAAAAAUAAGGCUAAAAAUACUAUAAGGCUACCUACAUUUUGUCCAAACACAAAAUAAUGAAAGAUUGUUUAUAUAUUUACGAAUAUACGUGAUAAACCUCGUUUUCUGUUAAAUCAACGUGAAUUGUAGAACUGUCUAGUGCGAAAUUUAGAUAUUGAUCCGAUAAGGCGCUAAUGAAUAUGAUUUGUUUAUGAAUAAAAUCUGUGAAAGGGAUUGAUAUAUUAUUUUUUGUUUUCUGCAAAUAUU